AUGCCGGAGCUCCAGUUCGACGGAUUACCCAGGUUCUCCGAUCCGGCGUUUCAGAGGGCUCUGAUUCUUCCACCACCACCGUCGAGUGGACCAGAAGAGCACGAGGCGCGCCCGGAUCCUCAAGAUCGAACGAAUGCACCCCGGCGACAUGCGCCGUACGUAUCGUUUGGAGAUGGAACAAUCACCGCCACGAGCGGCGCAUUCGGAUCUAUCCUUCGGAUUAGUCAACACGUUGAACAACCGGGCUUGGGUUCCAACAUGAUCGCACUGGACGAAGCCCAAGCGCUGCCCCCAUAUUGCAUGGUUGCUCGCGCCGACGACCUGGUUAGCAGGGCACAAUUGCCUGGCGAAGGGUUUGGGAUGCGAGUCGAACGGAUCAACGGGGAGCAUCCUGUAGAAGACUCAACACCCCCAUCCUUGACAUUCUUGGGUGACAAGUGGCCGCGGAUUGAAUAUACUAUCAACAAUGCUCUUGCCUUCAAGGUAGAUCUCCUGUGCCGCAAUCAUAUGGUGGUGCAGCGCAUGCGCAUCACUAACGAGACUCCGUUGCCGCAAGUGCUAAGUUUGGAGUUCAAUCCGAGACUCGUCCUGCGAGAUCUCGAUUAUACAUCGAGCGAGCUUGUCCUCUCCAGUGAGUGCUUGCGCGGACCUCAUGACUGUAGUCUUGUUUUUGUGCCAAAAUGUCCGCCAACUGCAACUGGCCCACCACUAUAUGUCGUCGUGGGUCUUUUCAAGAACCGUGUUGCGCAAGAGCUGAAGGGCGAUUCUAAGCAACAAGUAAAACAUGAUAUGGCGUCCAAAAGCACAGUGGAAUACGUCACCGUUUUUAAGAUCCAAUGCCGAGCCACAGGUAAGCGAUGGGACAAUUUCAUCAUAUCGGUCAAUGAAGUGAAACGACUAUUUCAUGCGAUCCCGGCGCAAAUCACCAACUGGGAGUGGCCGCGUGCUAAACAAGCGCACGCGCGUUGGUCUCUCCGUCGCAACCUUGAGCAUAUAUUGGGCGUCUGCAGCAUCCAUAUAAUCCCCGACCACAUGCAUCAAGAAUCGAAAACCCCUUUAAACUCUGUGGAUGAUGAUGUCGCUCCCUCAAAACCGGGGUUCGCCGAGCACAAUGAGGGUCCUCAGCUAACUCUAGAAACGCCCGAGGGGAAUAGUUACUCAGUCCAGGGUCCAGACUCAGAUAGGCUCGAGCUAAGAGAAGCCGACGAGCCCCCGAAUGAUCGAGAAAUAGAUGAUGCUGCGUCCGGAGUAUGGGGAUCCGAUGGGAACGAUGAGGGUCCUCGGAUCAUUCUAGACACGCCGGAGGGGGACAGAUACUCCCUCCAGGAGACAAACUCGUAUACGUUCGAGAUACGCAAAGUAGACGAGCCACGAAAACAUCGAGGGAACGCACCAAGGGAGCCACCCAACCUUGUAGAAGAGGUUUCCUCUCCGUGUGUUAUCAGCCUUACAUGCGGAGACUUCAGCGAUCAUCGAGUGUGCAUAUCGGGCAGCUACUUUGCAUUCAUGUUCAUGCUGAAUAUGCACCAGCAAGCCGGAUUGUACAAACAGCGAGCCAUGCGUGGAAGUGAGUACGAUCAGGCUCAAGACUCGCAGCGGCGCAUCCAUGCGACUUGCAGGGGCCAUCUGGAAUGGGUAUCUCGCCUUAGGCCCAGGGCCGCUCUUUCCUCUAACCUCUGGGCCGACGGAAGGAGAAUCUCCAACAGCCUCGACGCUUCUUUGCCCCAUGACAAUCCUACCAAUAUGCCUUACCAGAUCCUCAAGGCUACCGAGUACCUGAGGGUGUUCACGGAUCGGGAGGAGUUGAUCUUUGUUUGCCGUUGGUUGCCACGCUUCAUUGAGGAGUGGGUCAAACACCUUCGUCUCACAAGGAACCGGCUCUCGCCCACUUGGGAACAUUUGCAAGAUCUAUCGGACAUCCCGGUCUACCGUCUAAGCGACCAUGCUUGGAUCUGGAAAGCCCUGCACGAUAUCCAGGAAUUGAUUCGAAGAGUGCAGGAAGAAAAGGAAAAGACCCAACAGGAGAUAGAGACUUCGCGGCAACAGAUGACUCUUAAAGCAUCGGAGCCUUCCCCUACAGGCGUUUUGGACAAGUUCCUAAGGGAUGUAACAGCCCUAUUCCCAACCUUGGGUAGGCGACGGCCUUCGUCAAUCCAGGCGCUGGACUUUACGGUGGAAGAUAUGAGGAAGCAAAACAUACGACGCUUCACACUUGAAAAUGACGUCCUUAAGAAACGAAUGCUCAGCGUCGCUCGGACGGCUCGAGAAACACGCUUCCUCUUCCAUUCUAGGGAUACGGUGCUAUAUUAUGGACAAACAUGGGGUUUUAUUUCGAAGGACCAAUCCUAUCUGUUCGAACAGCUCGUCAAAGCGCAGAUACAGCAUGAUGAAGAAGGAAUCGAUGAGUCUGGAUGGGACAAUCCGCUACGUUACGCUUUGGCUCUUCUCAUGGCCCAUUCAAACCAUCAGCUGGAUCGUGACUUUGAACCAGAUGACAUGGCUUCCCACGCCAUGGCGAUCAUUCAGAACUCCUCUUCUGAGAAUGGUCUGUAUCCCGGCAGUUUGAAUCCGGCCACAAAGGAGCCAGAUCUAUUCGAUAGAGAGCUCUAUCGCGACUUCUAUUUCCAUUGUGGGUUUGAAAUACCGUAUAUCUUGCUUUUGGUCUCUAGCGCUGCUCACCAUGGAAACCCGUUGGAGGAACUGAGUACGGAUGACUCCACAGGCGAUGCUUCUGCCAGUGAGCAGUACGGAUCGCUCUCCAAGAAGAAAUCUACCGACCUACCGAAGGUAAUUGGGAGGGCCAUCAUCUCAGAGACAGAUGACCCUGCCGUCCAUGCAGAACGUGUAGCAGUGCUGGUUCAGAGGAGUCUAAAGCGGCAAAACCCUCACGGCAAACUGGUUGAUCUCAGCAACAUUGUUGACGUACCAGAGGAAUGGCUUUAUAAGUAUCCGGACUUUCUCGAUUUUGAACCGCCUAAAUUGAGUGAAGCUGAAUCGAUCAUAAAGAAUGGGCAGCUCCUCCUAGGAAGCAAGCACAGCAACCCUGGCAACAUUGUCAAGCAAAUGGAGAAUGAAUUCAAGCUUCGAGAACGGUAUACCUUCGUCGAAGACGUUCGCAAAAGUGGCAAGCAGCACAAAAGAGGAGGGCUUCCGAAGACCACAAAACUUGAAACCCGGAGCUUCAAGGACUUGUGGGACUGCCUUGAGAAGCCGCGUCAUGCAUUGCAGGCAAAGAAACGGUUCAUCUAUCUGAGGUCUAUCGAUCCGGUCAGAGCCAUGAUUUGCUGCAUCACAUCACCGGAGUCCGAAAGACUGAACCUGGCUCAAUUCUUCGAUCGCCAAGGGAAAUCCAAGCCAUAUCUAUACGACGAUACGGCAGUGGCGCUCAAUCUUUGGGUUACCGAGGUGUAUUUACAGUUCUUCCACAAAUGGGAAAGCGGCCAGAAAGCCCCCGGUCAGGUAACAGCGAUGUUUGGGAAGCUCAAGCCCUCGGGCUGCUCGAUUUGCCUCACUAGUACAUUCAGUGGGUUCCGCAUAGUCGGGGACUUCUUUGACAGGUACUGGACGUGCCAUUAUAUCGACAACGAUAUUGGCAACGAUAUGGACUACGAUACGCGCUCCGUAUAUAGGGAAAGCGACGAUUGGCAGCAGAGAAAGGUACUUGAACUUAUUCUUCUCAGUCGCAUACUCCAGAAGGCCUGUACUAGCACUGAAGAGGUCCUCGAUGAGGUCGAAAGCAAGCCAACCUCGAAGCAGAACUCGGCUUAUGAGGACGCAUACGACAACCUUGAAGACCGAAGCCCCGAGAACCUAAGAGAAUGCGAGAGGGUCCUGCUACUUCUGAAGAAGAACCUGAUCAGUCUGCGAGAAGUUAUAGACCAGUGGAACGUGCGCGAGAGCUCUCAGGGCAGAGAACGGCCGCGGUGGACUCGAAGCGACGAGCAAAAAUACAGAAAGCCAAUAAAGCAGCGACGAGUCGUUCUUGAGGGCCACGUUCGCGAUGUGCGGGCCAAGGAAAUCCACAUCGAGUUCCUUCUUGGCCGGGUCACGAGCGCACAAGAAGCGAUCCGGUCCAAGAAAUCCCUACGACAAGCAGAGAAUAUCACCCUAUUCACCUACGUCACCAUGUUCUUCCUCCCGGCUGGGCUGGCCGUCAGUAUCUUUAGCAUGAACGGCAUUCCGAGCCACGCAGUCGUAGGCUGGAUGAUUCUCACAGCUGCCGUGGCACUCGUCAUAACGGCGUCUCUACUCUACGGGGUUAUAUAUCACUUCUAUCUCCUGGGCAAGCUCUGGGAUUCAAUCGUGUCGGUUUCGCGUCGGAGCAAGCCUACGUUUAGACGUCUAGGCGAGGCACUUCGAGGGCCAGAUGUUGGCACUUCAACCAAGCUGUCGCUCAAGAUCGCGCUUCUUCCUUUAUCACGGUUGAAUGAUAGAGCAGUAGAAGAGGACUCUGCUCAUAAGAAUGUGUGA